GAUACACAAUGCUGGAGGAACUCAGCGGGUCAGGCAGCAUCUCUGGCUAAAUGUUAAUUUGUAAGGUGCCCGGCUUGGGCACCAUCUUGUCUCCCUUCCAUUCAAUCGACUGACUACCGUAAUAUCUCAGCGUGAAAUCCAAUUCUGCUUUCACUUGCAGGUUGUCAUAGCAAUGGAAGAUGGCGACAAUGAUCAGACCAACAGACUACAACGUUUAUCAAUGAGCGAUGAUCAACCUGCCGCAUCCUGUGGGAACGAGGGUGAGUCUGUUCCGGAGACGGGAAGCUCAGAUAUCCGAGGUCAGGGAUGUCACCCAAUGGAUGGAAUCCCAUCACAAAACCAAGCCAAUCCAAAAGCGCUGUGCGGCAGGGCUCUGCCAGAAGCUCUGCUGACCACCAAGCAGCUGUUUCAGUACUGGAACACCAUGAACAAGAAGGUGAAACCCAUCCGCCUGCUCUUCGAGAUACCAGAGACCAGAACUGUGAAUGAGCAGUGCUCCAGAUAUGUGAUGUACAAGGUGGUGGUGAUCAAGUCGGGCACCUACGAUGGCAACCAGGCCUACAUUGAACGGCGAUACUCGGACUUUGAAAAACUGCACAGGAAUAUCCUGAGGAACUUUAAAGAAGAGGUGGAAGAGAUCACUUUUCCAAAGAAAAUGAUGGCGGGGAACUUUCUUCCCGGGAAAAUCGCCGAGCGGAAGCUGGCGUUCCGGGACUAUCUGGCGCAGUUGUACGCAAUCAAAGACAUCCGCUUCUCCGAUGAGUUUAUUGAAUUUUUCUAUCUGCCAGAGGUGCAGGAGGGAUACGGGUGCCUGAGGAGUGGACAGUACACCAGGGCUCUGAAGGGUCUCCUCAAUGUGUUCAGCUUACAGGAGAAGCUGUGUAUGCAUCGCCACAUUACCCUGGUCCUCACUCUCAGUGCUAUUGGACUGUGUUGCAGAGACCUGGGGCAUAUAGAAGAUGCCUAUGUAUUUUGCGAGAAGGCUGGGCUUAUCUUGCACGAUUUUAGUUGCCACCAGUACUAUUACCCUCUGAUGAAGAUUCAGGUCGCCCUGGGAAACGAGUUGGGGAGGAACAUGCGGCACUUACAGGACAGGCUGAUCAAAAUGGAGGAGCGCCACGGAAACCAAAGCAACCAGCCGUCACUGAAAGAGCUGGUGGUGCAGGAAUACAUACAGGACGGCUGAUGGGGACGCAAGGACUCCUGCGUGGAACCCAAUGUGCCGGAGUAACUCAGCGGGUCAGGCAGCAUCUCUGGAGAGGUGGCGUUUCGGGGAUUGGAAGCCUUCCUCGCUCGGAUGGGCGAGAUUUCAGAUCCGGAGCCUUUCUCAGACAGAAGAAGGAUCCCGACCCCAAACGUCACCUUUCCAUGUCCUCCAGAGAUGCUGCCUGACCCGUUGAGUUACUCCAGCACAUUGUGUUCCACAUCAGCGCGGUGGCGCAGCGGUAGAGUUGCUGCCUCACAGCACCAGGGACCCGGGUUCGAUCCUGACCAUGGGCACUGCCUGUACGGAGUUUGUACGUUCUCCCCAUGACCUGCGUGGGUUUUCUCUGGGUGCUCCGGUUUCCUCCCACUCUCCAAAGGCGUGCAGGUCUGUAGGCUAAUUGGCUUGGUAAAAGUUGUCUCCGCGCUGUAUCUGUAAAAUAAACUAAUUAAGACUGAAGAAUCCAUCUUCACCAGAUUGUUAAAUUGCCAAAAAUGUUAUUGCUGGAAUUUCUGCCGUGUCUCAUUAACUUGGCCACUUUUGGGGUGAUUUAUAUUUCAACUUGUUCGCUCACAGAAAUGCAACAAAUAGUUUAUUACCUUCUUAUGAUCAGACAUGAUCACAUUGAAUGGCGGUGCUGGCUCGAAGGGCCGAAUGGCCUACUCCUGCACCUAUUGUCUAUUGUCUCAUCUCCGUUCUAACCAUAUAACCAUAUAACAAUCACAGCACGGAAACAGGCCAUCUCGGCCCUACAAGUCAGUGCCGAACUACUUUUUUUCCCUUAGUCCCACCUGCCUGCACUCAUACCAUAACCCUCCAUUCCCUUCUCAUCCAAUAUGCCUAUCCAAUUUAUUUUUAAAUGAUACCAAUGAACCUGCCUCCACCACUUCCACUGGAAGCGCAUUCCACACCGCUACUACUUUCUGAGUAAAGAAGUUCCCCCUCAUGUUACCCCUAAACUUCUGUCCCUUAAUUCUGAAGUCAUGUCCUCUUGUUUGAAUCUUCCCUAUUCUCAAAGGGAAAAGCUGAUCCACAUCAACUCUGUCUAUCCCUCUUAUCAUUUUAAAGACCUCUAUCAAGUCCCCCCUUAACCUUCUGCGCUCCAGAGAAUAAAGACCUAACUUAUUCAACCUAUCUCUGUAACUUAGUUGUUGAAACCCAGGCAACAUUCUAGUAAAUCUCCUCUGUACUCUCUCUAUUUUGUUGACAUCCUUCCUAUAAUUGGGCGACCAAAAUUGUACACCAUACUCCAGAUUUGGUCUCACCAAUGCCUUGUACAAUUUUAACAUUACAUAACAUUCCCAGCUUCUACACUCAAUGCUCUGAUUUAUAAAGGCUAGCAUACCAAAAGCUUUCUUUACCACCCUAUCUAUAUGAGAUUCCACCUUCAAGGAACUAUGCACGGUUAUACCCAGAUCCCUCUGUUCAACUGUAUUCUUCAAUUCCCUACCAUUUACCAUGGUUCUAAAUGACUUACUUAUUCUUAAACAGUGGCCUCUGGUUCUGGACUCCCCCAAUAUCAGGAACAUGUUUCCUGCCUCUAGCGCAUCCAUAGUCUAGAUUGUUGCUUAAUGUGUUCUGCUGACUCCUGUUUGUAAUCAGUUGCUAGCAUUGGAUUUACACCGAACUUUCCCGGCUCUUUGUGCAAGGAAUUAUAACAGUUUUGCCGUGGCAAAUGAAAAGAAAACGUCUACUUUAGCGCUGAGUUUCAGGUGAGACUAUGUUGUGGUCUCGACAAGGGAAGGUUACACAAUAAACAUUUUCCAAAACAUGAACUUGAAAUGAUUUAUGUCCAAAAACAUCCCCUUUGGUGAUAUUUAUUCCGUCAUGAUAAAGGAUCAUGCGUGUGAAUGUAAUGUUCUAAAACGCCACAAAGCUGUUAAUUACUUUAAUUCACAGUUACAACAAUGAAACAGGCAAUUCGGUCCAUCAAGCCCGUGCCGACCAUUGAUCAGCUGUUCACACUAGUUUAGUUGUAGCUUAGUUUAGUUCAGUUUACUUUAGUUUAGAGAUACAGCGCGGAAACAGGCCCUUCGGCCCACCGAGUCCACACCGACCAGCGAUCCCCGCACACUAACACUAUCCUACAC